AUGCAACAAUUACAUUAUGAAUCAUUAUCAGAAUGCUAUUCUGGAUAUUCAUUUAUUCAAAGCGAUUUUUUAACUCCAAAUAUUUCAUCAUUACAAUCAACAACAGAUGAAGCUUAUGAAUCUGAACCAACAACAAGGACUUCAUCAGUAAAAAUAACAAAACAUAUUCAUCCUAAUCUUGAACAUGAAUUUGAAUAUCCAUCACCACCACCACCUGUACCUGAUCGACGUCUUAAACCAGAUUAUUUAAAAUCACCAACAAUAAAAUCUCGAUUAAUUCAACAAGAUAAUAUUGAUACAGUUGAAUAUAGUAUUAUUCAAAAACCAAAAUUAUUACCAUUAACAUCUAUUCAACAAUUAGUUAUUUCAACAUCAAAUAAUUCAAAUUUAUCAUCAACACAAAUAAUGAAUAGUCGACAUUAUUGUGGUUCAAUACCUGUAUCAAAUAAAUUAAUUCAAUCGUGUAUAGAUACAAUAACAAUAAAAUCAAAAGAGGAUUUAAAUGAUAAAAUAAAAGAUAAACGAAAUAGUCGAGUACUUAAUUGUUUACAUUCAUCAAAAAUUGAUGAUAACAAUAAUAAUAAUAAUAAUUAUAAACGAAAUACAAUUCCAAAAUCACCACCAUCAUCAUUGAAUAAAAUGAAAACGAAAAAACGAAAAUUAAUUACAGAUUUUGAUGAAGCAACUAAUGGUUUAGCUAUACUUUUACCAGCUUCAAAAGAUAAUUUGAAUGAUUUAACAAAUAAACAAAAUUCGAAUAGAACAUCAACACCAUUAACAACGAAACGAGUCAAUGGUAUGAUAAAAGAUCAACGUGUAAUAGAUAAUGUUAAAUCAGAUCGAUCUGUAUUUUAUGAAACAUCAGUCUAG